AUGUGUGGCUCUCCUCUCACUAAUGAUCUUGGCAAGUAUCUUGGAAUGCCUCUUAUUCACUCCAGAGUGAACAAGCAUACCUAUGAUGGAAUUUUUGAUCAAGUUCAAAGCAGGCUUUCUAGCUGGAAGAGUAAGGUUCUCAGCAUGGCAGGUCGUCUCACCCUGAUUCAAUCUGUCUCUUCUGCUAUUCCUAAUUAUGCAAUGCAAACUGCCAAGUUUCCUGUUAGCUUAUGUGAAAAUCUUGAUAAGCUUAAUAGAAAUUUUUUAUGGGGUGAUACUGAGAUCAAAAAGAAGGUGCACUUGGUGAAUUGGGAUGUUGUUUGUCAACCUAAACAACUUGGUGAUAUAGGAAUUAAAAAAACUGAAGACAUGAAUCAGGCCAUGCUUGCUAAAAUCAGUUGGAGGAUGUUUCAAUGUGAUAAAGGUCUUUGGGCCUCUAUGUUUGCUGAAAAAUAUCUGAAGAACUGCUGCCUGUUUGAUGAUAAUUAUGAGGUGGCUGUUGAUUGUUCUAGCACCUGGAGGGGAAUUAUUUUUGGUGCUAAGCUGCUCAGGUCCAAUUUGAAAUGGCGCCUUGGUGAUGGUAAGUCCAUCAAGUUUUGGCAUGAUUAUUGGUUUCCUGCUGGCCCUCUUAUUAAUUUUGCCUUACCUUCUGCUUUCAUUAAUCAUGCUGCCACUGUCUGUGAUUUUUGGAUUGAGGAUGGUUGGGAUGUGCAUAAACUCCUAGAUGUUGUGCCUUUUGAGAUUGUGAACAAAAUUGUUAAUGUGCCUAUUGAUUUUGGUGUUAGUGGUUCUGAUACCUUAAUAUGGGGUGCUACUGCUAAUGGCAAAUUUUUUGUGAAAUCUGCCUAUAAUUCCCUCUUUGAUAUGUCUGCUCCUCUCAAUCCUCAAUGGAAUUAUAUUUGGAGAAUGAAGAUUCCUCCUAAACUGAAGACUUUUUUAUGGACCUUUCUACAUAAAAAACUCCUCACUAACAUGCAGCGUGUUACUAGAGGCUUCACUGCUAGUGCUUUGUGUCCUAUUUGCCAAUCUGCAGAUGAGUCCUUUCUGCACUUAUUUCGUGACUGUCCUAGAUCUGUUCUCAUCUGGAAUGCUUUUGUUAAGCCUGGUUCUAUCUCUCAGUCUUUUUCUCUUGAUUGGAAUGGUUGGAUUCAGGCUCAACUGCACUGUCACUCUUUUACCAGUAACAAUAUCAGGUGGUGUGAUCUUUUUGUGUUUAUCUGCUAG